AUGGCCAGCUUUAUCAGCUUGUUCCAGGAGCUUCACAGGGAAAUGCACAUCCCCGACGCUGUACGCAUGUACCCGACGCCUCGGCUGAUCGAGGCCUCAGAGCAACACUGCGCGCAGCUCCCGACCUCGGCUCCUGGCUCCACCUACAUCGAGCCCUGCGAGGUGGAUGGCAGAAUCGCAUGGGCUCGAAUAGAUGAGGUCUGCCAAAACCUGCGGGGCUACAAGAACCUGCCGAAUUUCCAGCAUCGUCCAGCAGUCGAGAAUCCUGGCUUGGUCUGGUGGUUUUUGCGGGACCGACGCCUGGAUGUCCAGGAGGCCACCGAGAAGCUUGUGAAGUGCUUACGCUGGCGGCAGAAGUUUCGAGUGGAAUACCUUGGCCCAGACAUGUUCCUGAAAGAAAUGCGGGCUGGGAAGGGUUAUGUCCAUCGUCAUCCAGAUGUUGUUGGUCGUCCCGUGAUCGUGGCAAUUGCUCGCAGACACAACGUCUUCGAUCGUAGCCUGCUCGAAAGCUCACGGAUGUGCACCUGGAUGCUGGAGACCGCCAUGAAGCAGUGUGAUACCCUUGAGCCACCUCCUAUGAAAGGGUCGAGGAUGGCAACCUCCACUUCUUCAAAGCCUGAGCAGGCCCUUGGGAUUUUUGAUCUCCGGGACUUCUCUCCGCUCCAAGCCGACUUGGAGGUAGCCGGCUUCUUGAUUGAAGUCUUGUACAACUACUACCCCGGGCGAACCGGUAAGGUCCUGCUGGUCGGGGCUCCGGACUUGUUCCGAAGCUUCUGGGAGAACAUUAAGCCACUCCUGGGCCGAUACUCCAGCCUUGCAGACUUCGUCUCGGUGGAAGAGCUGCGUGAGCACUACUUCGAGCCUGGCUUGGAGCCCCCGGAGUUUGCGGCAGCUGGACAGGCUCAGGUCCUUCGAAGCGCAGGGCACGGAGCCAGCAGAGGCUUCGCUGCUGCGGCUGCUAAGGGGCCGGGCAGGUAUGCCGUCGCUUUUUCUGGAACAUCAGCUGUCGUCUUGGCGUGUGGCCUUGGCCUUCUCAGACGACGCCGGGGGCUGGCACAGAAGGCGCACUCUGCAGUUUAUGGUGCCCCCGUGGGCCUUGGCACGUGCCGCAUUGAAAACGAAGUAGAGGUGGAUGCAGAAACCGCCGAAGAACACAUACGGCAGCUGCAGCAGCGCAUUCCCGAGGUUUUCAAGUUUAGGGGAAGGCCAGCUGCGCAAAACCGAGCUUUGCUUUGGUGGUUCCUGCGUGAUCGGCAUUUGGACGUUGCAGAAGCCACGUCCAAACUGCGGAAGUGUUUGGAAUGGCGUAAAGAAUUCAGCGUUGAGCGUCUAGGCCCCGAACUGUUCAUCAAAGAAAUGAGAUCUCGCAAGGCUUAUCUUCACGCUCAUCGGGAUAUUACGGGAAGACCCGUUUUGGUUGUUAUCGCCCGGCGUCACAACAUCCUCGAGCGCCGCUUCAAAGAAAGCUGCAGCAUGUGCACUUGGUACAUGGAGCAAUUGCUGGAUAGGCUAACUACGCUAGAGCCUUCUUUGGCUGGCUCGGGCGAUGACAAAGUUGAGCAGGCAUUGGCCAUUGUGGACCUGAGUGGCUUCACUCCGCUGCAAGCAGACCUGGAGUUCGUAUGCUUCAUGAUUGACGUCAUACACAACUAUUACCCCCGAAGGUUGGCCAGAAUUCUGCUCGUGGAUGCUCCAGAUCUCUUUGAGUCUUUCUGGAAGAGCAUUUGCCCCUUGCUGCACCACUACAAGGAUUUGGCAGAGUUCACAACUGCCCGCGAGGUGGGCCGCCGCUACUUCUCCUGUCCAGAAAAAGCGCCACCUGAACUGCUGAAGAGCUACCGAGCCUGA